AUGGCGAUGGCCGGGAUGGGCGAGAUGGCGAUCGAGUCACAGUUUGCGCUCGAGGCCGCGGAGGAUCUGUGCCAGCAGAGAGGCAAGUCGAGUCGAGUCGAGGCGGAUCGGAUCAGAUCAGAUCAGGAUGAGAUGGCGACAAAAUCACCGCAGGACAUGGUCCGCGAGUCAGCCUUGUUGCAAGCCGAUGGCGGCGCGCGCUGGGCUGAUUCCAAUGCCAAUGAGCAUGCCACCAAUGUUGCAGGCGGGAAGCAGGCGAGACUGGGCGCGGGCGCCCUCCACUUCUACAAUGGAUCGGUUCUGGCAGCGUUAGCGAAGUACAAGGCCCAGAUACUGCCCGUUACAGCAACCCCACGCGCCGUCAACCUCUGGAAUCCGACAGCUGCUGGGGGACUCGACGCACCUGAAGCAUGCCGUCGAUCUCACAACCAAACGUGGAAGUGGAAGCGCAGGCUCAAGCAGCACGAGCAACGCGCGACAUCAGACUGGCGGAAACGAGACAGUUGCAUGUACUCCGUACUUCUCAUGGACCCCCAAAAUGAGACGAGCCCCGUUCGCUAUGCUCCGUCGCUCCAGCUUAGCGCCAUGCACGCAGCCAGGUACAGCUACCCCGGGCAGCGACAGACGGCCGGCCACAUGCUUCGUACCAGGUACUUGCGCGCGCUCGAACUGGUGGCUGGCCACUAG